CACAUUUUUAUUGUGGCUUUUGCUUCAUACUGCUGCUGCAAAUGGUGGAGACCGAGAAGCCCCGAUAGUUCGGGCUCAAAUUUACAUAUAAAUCACAUUUAGUGAACCUUUCGCAUGGAAGGCGACUGCCUUAUAAUGAUUACAAUCAACUGUAAGGACACGGGGAUCUGUGUCUGAACGGCAUGUACGUGUGUCACCACUGCAAAUCGGUUUGACAGGCGGAAAGUGCAAAUCUGAGGACUGGAAGAUUGUGUCAAUGGACGCUUCUGUGGUGGCACAAAACGUUUUCUUUUUUUCCACAGGAGGUAAAAAGUAGGCCGGAUUGUGUCCUAGGAUUGCGAUCACAGUCUUUUUUUAAAUACCUGACACCGAGAGUUUUUGACAAAGGCAGUAUCGAAAAUGACGACCAGCAGCCCCGAAGCGGUGAAGAAAUUACUUGAGAAUAUGCAGACGGAUUUGCGGUCGCUGUCCAUGGAAUGCAAGAAAAAAUUCCCCCCAGUCAAAGAGGCUGCAGAAUCUGGGAUUGUGAAGAUCAAAACCAUUGCAGCGAGGAACACAGACAUCCUGGCAGCUCUGAAAGAAAGCAGCUCGGAGGUGGUGCAGCCGUUCCUGAUGGGAUGUGGCACCAAGGAGCCCAAGAUCACCCAGCUGUGCCUGGCGGCCAUCCAGAGACUCAUGUCCCAUGAAGUAGUGUCUGAGGCCGCAGCAGGGAACAUCAUUAACAUGCUGUGGCAGCUGAUGGAGAACGGGCUGGAGGAGCUGAAGCUGCUGCAGACGGUGCUGGUUCUGCUCACCACCAACACUGUGGUGCACGAUGAGGUGCUAUCCAAGGCCAUCGUCCUGUGCUUCCGGCUGCACUUCACCAAGGACAACAUCACCAACAACACCGCGGCCGCCACUGUGCGCCAAGUCGUCACCGUCGUCUUCGAGAGGAUGGUUGCCGAGGACGACCGGCACAAAGGUAUCGUGGAGCAGCCGCCGCCCGUCCAGGGAAACAGCAACCGCAGAUCCGUUAGCACCCUGAGGCCCAGCGCUAAGGAUGCCUACAUGCUGUUCCAGGACCUGUGCCAGCUGGUGAAUGCCGACGCCCCCUACUGGCUGGUGGGGAUGACGGAGAUGACACGGACGUUUGGCCUGGAGCUCCUGGAGUCGGUGUUAAACGAUUUCCCAGGAGUGUUUCUGCAGCACCUGGAGUUCAGCUUCCUGCUGAAGGAGCGCGUGUGCCCGCUGGUGAUCAAGCUCUUCUCCCCGAACAUCAAGUUCCGGCAGGGCCUGGCGUCCGCCCCCUCCCCUGGUCCCGUGGAGAAGCCCUACUUCCCCAUCUGCAUGCGGCUCCUCAGAGUGGUGUCCGUGCUCAUCAAGCACUUCUACAGCCUGCUGGUGACGGAGUGUGAGAUCUUCCUCUCCCUGCUGGUGAAGUUUCUGGACGGGGAGAAGCCGCAGUGGCUGCGGGCGGUAGCUGUGGAGUCCAUCCACCGGCUGUGUGUGCAGCCGCACCUCUUAAGAUCGUUCUGCCAGUCCUAUGAUAUGAAGCAGCACUCCACAAAGGUGUUCAGAGACAUCGUUAACGCGCUGGGGUCCUUCAUACAGUCUCUGUUCAUUGCACCGAGCGCUGUGCCUGCCAACACAGCUGCUGGUGGGUCAGUCUCCGGGGGGCCGGCAGGUGUCCAGGGCGGGGCAGGCGCCGGGGGAGCUGGCGGGGGUCCGACCGCGCAGGCAGCGUUUGAAUACCGCGGCACCUGGAUUCCUCUGAUGGCCGUCAAUGUCCAGGGUAGCGCUAAGGCUACUUACCUGGAGAUGUUGGACAAAGUGGAGCCCCCCUCCAUCCCGGAGGGGUACGCGAUGUCCGUGGCGUUCAGCGCCCUUCUGGACCUGGUGAGGGGAAUCACCGCCAUGAUCGAGCGGGAGCUGGCCAAGGAGGCCGCCGCCGCUGCCGCCGCCCACAACGGCUCGGACGCGCCCCCCGCUGACCCUCAGGGCCACGCCCAAGAUCAGGAGCCAGUUCCCCAGCUGGUUUGGGAGGAGAUGGUAAACGCAUGCUGGUGUGGACUCCUUGCGGCUCUCUCCCUCCUGCUAGAUGCCAGCACGGACGAGACGGCCACGGAGAACAUCCUGAAGGCGGAGCUGACGAUGGCGUCACUGUGCGGGCGUUUGGGCCUGGUCACGCCCCGCGACGCCUUCAUUACCGCCAUCUGCAAGGCCUCCCUCCCGCCGCACUACGCCCUGACUGUGCUCAGCAGCUCCUCCGCCAGUCUCACCACCAAGACGUACUCCAUCCAGGGACAGAGUGUGCAGAUGAUCAGCCCCUCCAGUGAGUCCCAUCAGCAGGUGGUGGCUGUGGGCCAGCCUCUCUCCGCCCAGCCCCAGGGCACUGUGGUGCUGACGGCGAAGAACAUCCAGUGCAUGCGGACUCUGCUGAACCUGGCGCACUGCCACGGGGCCGUGCUCGGCACGUCCUGGCAGCUGGUCCUGGCCACCCUGCAGCACCUGGUGUGGAUUCUAGGCCUGAAGCCUGGGGCCGGUGGUGCUCUGAAGCCCGGCCGUGCAGUGGAGGGCCCCAGCACGGUGCUGACCACAGCCGUGAUGACUGACCUGCCGGUCAUUUCCAACAUCUUAUCCAGGCUGUUCGAGAGCUCCCAGUACUUGGAUGACGUGUCCCUGCACCACCUGAUCAACGCUCUCUGCUCGCUGUCCAUGGAGGCCAUGGAAAUGGCUUAUGGGAACAAUAAGGAGCCUUCCUUGUUUGCAGUCGCAAAGCUGCUUGAGACCGGUCUGGUCAACAUGGACCGCAUUGAGAUUCUCUGGAGGCCUUUGACUGGUCACUUGCUGGAGGUGUGUCAGCACCCCAACUCUCGAAUGCGGGAAUGGGGUGCGGAGGCCCUGACGUCGCUGAUCAAAGCAGGCCUGGCCUACAAGCACGACCCGCCCCUGUCCCAAAACCAGAGGCUGCAGCUGCUCCUCCUGGGCCCGCUGAAGGACCUCUCGGGCAUCCUGCACGCUGACAUCCGGCACCGGCAGCUGGAGAGCGUGCUGCAGAUCCUGCAGAGCCAGGGGGACAGCCUGGGCCCCGGGUGGCCCCUGGUGCUGGGGGUCAUCGGAGCCAUCCGCAACGACCAGGGCGAAUCCUUGAUCCGAACGGCCUUCCAGUGCCUGCAGCUGGUGGUGACGGACUUCCUACCCACAAUGCCUUGCACCUGUCUCCAGAUUGUGGUGGAUGUCGCUGGCAGCUUUGGGCUGCAGAACCAGGAGCUGAACAUCAGCCUGACCUCCAUUGGGCUCCUGUGGAACAUCUCGGACUACUUCUUCCAGCGGGGGGAGCUCAUCGUACAGGAGCUGAACAGGGAGGAGGCCCUGAUGGAGAAGCAGGCCAAGGAGAAGGGCGUGGCCCUGAACAGGCCCUUCCACCCGGCUCCGCCCUUCGACUGCCUGUGGCUGUGCCUGUACGCCAAGCUGGGGGAGCUGUGCGUGGACCCCCGUCCCGCCGUCCGCAAGAGCGCCGGACAGACCCUCUUCUCCACCAUCAGCGCUCACGGCACCCUACUGCAGCCAAGCACCUGGCACACUGUGAUCUGGAAGGUACUCUUCCACCUGCUGGACUGUGUGAGGAAGUCCUCCACCACGGCAGACAAGGAGAAGAUCGAGUCUGGGGGCGGGAACAUCCUCAUCCACCACUCACGCGACACGGCUGAGAAGCAGUGGGCGGAGACCUGGGUGCUGACUCUGGCGGGCGUGGCUCGUAUCUUCAACACCCGGAGAUACCUGCUGCAGUCACUCGGUGACUUCUUCAAAGCCUGGGAGGUGCUGCUGGAUCACAUCCAAUCAGCCGCCCUCAGCAAGAAUAACGAGGUCUCAUUGGCUGCGCUCAAGAGCUUCCAGGAGAUCCUCCAGAUCACCUCGCCCGCCCGCGAUUCCGAAAAGCCCGACGCGCUCGCCGCCAUGGGCGUGCCCGCCCUCGCCGACCCCCUCCCCGCCUCCGGGCCCGGCAGACCCCUCCCCCUCGCCCUGCCGCGAUCCGAUUCGCUGUCCGAGAGGCUUUGCCGCUACGAGGGGGCGGAGCAGGCGCCCUGCGGGCCGGUGGACGAGGCGGAGGACUCAGCGCUGUGGUGGUCGGCCUGGAACACCUGGUACCGGACCGGCAUGGAGUGCACCCGCCCCCCGAGCGCCGCCGACAAGCUGGCCUUCAUCCCCAGCCAGCCCUUCCUCACCGCGCUGGUCCAGAUCUUCCCGGCGCUCUACCAGCACGUCAAGGCCAACUUCAGCAUGGAGGACCUGGGCAAGCUGGGCGUCAUCCUCCAGGGGGCGGUGUCCGUGCCCAUCAGCUCCGACGCCUCGCCCUUCAUACUGCCCUCCUACACCGAGGCCGUCCUCACCAGCCUGCAGGAGGCGGUGCUCACCGCGCUGGACGUUCUGCAGAAGGCCAUCUGCGUGGGCCCGGAGAACAUGCAGGCCAUGUUUCCCGCCAUCUUGGACCAGCUGUUGCUGUUUGUGGAGUUCUCCUGCAAGCCCCCGCAGUACGGCAAGCUGGAGACCAAGCACAUCGCCAACGCCAAGUACAACCAGAUCCAACUGUUUGCUCCGGCAGAGUGGGUGGCCUUAAACUACGUCCCCUUUGCGGAGCGGUCCUUAGAGGUGGUGGUGGAUCUGUACCAGAAGACUGCCUGCCACAAAGCAGUGGUCAAUGAGAAGGUUCUGCAGAACAUCAUAAAGACUCUGAGGGUGCCGCUGGGUCUGAAGUACGCCUGCCCGUCGGAGAGCACCUGGAAGCUGGCCGUGUCCUCCCUGCUCCGGGUCCUGUCCGUCGGCCUGCCCGUCGCCCGGCAACACGCCUCCUCCGGGAGGUUCGACACCAUGUGGCCGGAGCUCGCAAACGCCUUCGAGGACUUCCUGUUCACUAAAAGCACACCCCCUGAUAAUCUGUCCAUUCAGGAAUUCCAGAGAAACGAAAGCAUCGAUGUUGAGGUAGUUCGGCUCAUCAGCACGGAGAUUUUGCCUUUCGCCAACUUCAUCCCCAAAGAGUUCGUCGGGCAGAUCAUGGCGAUGCUCAAUAAGGGAUCCAUCCACUCGCAGUCCUCCUCAUUCACAGAAGCGGAGAUUGACGUGCGGAUGCGGGAGGAGUUCUCCAAGGUGUGCUUCGAGACGCUGCUCCAGUUCUCCUUCAGCAAUAAGGGCUCCACGCCGCAGGAGGGCUACAUCUCGCGCAUGGCGCUCUCCGUCCUGCUGAAGCGGUCCCAGGACGUCCUGCGCCGCUACGUGGAAGACGAGAGGCUGAGCGGCCGCUGCCCCCUCCCCAGGCAACAAGUCACUGAGAUCAUCUUUGUUCUAAAAGCAAUCAGCACCCUUAUGGACUCUCUUAAGAAGACUCAGCCUGAGAAUGUGGACGGGAACACCUGGGCACAGGUGAUCACUCUGUAUCCCACGCUGGUGGAGUGCAUCACCUGCUCCUCCUCGGAGGUCAGCUCCGCCCUGAAGGAGGCCCUGGGGCCGUUCAAAGACUUUAUGCAGCCGCCGGUCAGCAAAGUCCAGAACGGGGAGUCGUGACCGGCCCGCGUCCGGCACCGGAGCUCGGACACCGGAGUUCGCUCUUUUGGUUUGUUCUUUUUUUUGUUUGUUUAAUGAACGAUGGAGGACAUGUUUUGCCUUCCUUUUUUCUUUGAUUUACGGAUAACAUGCGUGUGAACUCUCUGCUCACCAUGAGCCCAUCUAACAGACCAUGAUACUCCACACCCCCCACCCCUCCCCCGAGGGAAAAUUGUGAGUGACAGGCCGGACCUCGACGGCGAGUCUUGAAAGGCCUCAGCGUGUGCUUUUUGUUCAGAGUGUGGGCGACACAGUCAGACUGGCUGGAUUUCUGCAUCAACCGCUGCUUUUGUUGAACUGCAGUGUUCCUGUUCUAUUUUGGAUUUUUUUUUUUUUUGCUUGAUUUGCUUUUUGUUUUCUUUUUUCCCCCCUUAAGAAAAGGCAAAUGUACAGUGUGUGGUGAUAGUGUUAAUGAUGUCAUUACGAAUAAAGUAUUUGGGCUGUACUAACACUAAAAGCAAAAAAAAACAAAAAAAAAACUCAUUAACAUAUUCAAAAAAAAAAAAAGAUUUUUUUCUGCACUUUUUCCAACAUCAAGAAUUUUAUGCAAGAUCUUACUGGAACAUUCCAUAUCAUCAUUAGCCAGCCUGAAAGGGGUGUGCUUGUGUGUGUAAAAUAAAUGGUACAGUUCUAUUAAAAAACAACCAAAUAUUUUCCUCUGUC